GUGGCAAAAACGCCGCUCCUUUUCUAAGCCCCUCUCUCCCUUCCUCCCGUCACUUUCCCACGGCCAAACCCUGACCAAAGCAGUCCGCCAUGGUGACGAUCUGGUGAUACAGCGAGAGGCGCCACCUCCGCUCGCCGGCCAGCUUCCUCCCUCGAUCGCGCUCCAUCGUAGGCCACGUCGCCUCCCCUUGAUCCGGUUCUCGCAGGAACAAGACAGGAGCUGAACCGUUCAGCUGUGUUGUCUGAGUGAAGAAUCGGUCGGGAUCUGCGUCAAAUCCAGCAACCUCUGAAACGCCUCUUAUAGAAAGACCUGGUCGAGCGCUCUCUCACACUCGGAGAAGAAGCAUUAUUAGUUUACCCCCCCUCUCUCUCUCGUCGGACUCUCAGGUCCUUGUCUCUGUCCCUUUUUCCCAAGUUUGUGGAUAGUGGAACGGGGAUAUUUACGUAUUUAAGAGCGAAGAGACAUGGAUUCCAACAAUGUUCUUAGGGUCAGUAGAUCCGUGCGGGUAGCCUCGUCAUCUGAUCAGCAGCAGGCCGAUGGUAGACCGACGAAUGUGCCGCCCACUGUCACCUUUGCCCGUCGAACUCCGUCGGGCCGGUAUGUCAGCUACUCCAGGGAUGAUCUUGACAGUGAUUUUGGAAGUGGUGAUUUCGACAAGGAAUAUACGAACUAUCAUGUCCACAUCCCGCCAACUCCGGACAAUCAACCCAUGGAUCCUGUUAUCUCCGCGAAGGUCGAAGAGCAAUACGUCUCAAAUUCAUUGUUCACAGGUGGAUGCAAUAGUGUCACUCGUGCUCAUCUGAUGGACAAGGUGAUCGAGUCGGAGGCGAGCCAUCCUCAGAUGGCUGGUGCCAAGGGCUCAUCCUGCGCGAUGCCAGGAUGUGACUCGAAGGUCAUGAGUGAUGAGCGUGGGGUUGAUAUCCUUCCUUGUGAGUGUGAUUUUAAAAUCUGCGCUGAGUGCUUUUCGGAUGCAGUGAAGGUUGGUGGUGGGAUCUGUCCAGGAUGCAAAGAACCAUAUAAAACUAUUGAGUUGGAGGAGGUGGUCAACAAUGCUGUAGCUGGACGACCACUUUCAUUGCCAGCUCCACAUGGAAUGUCAAAGAUGGAAAGGAGGCUUUCGAUAAUGAGAUCACAGAAAAUGACCAGGAGUCAGACAAGUGAUUGGGAUCACAAUCGAUGGCUUUUUGAAACGAAGGGGACCUAUGGUUAUGGUAAUGCAAUCUGGCCAACUGAGAAUAAAGUUGAUGGUGGGGAUGGAGGAAAUGCACAGCCUACAGAACUAACAAACAAACCAUGGAGGCCUCUCACUAGAAAGUUGAAGAUCCCUGCUGCAGUAUUGAGCCCAUAUAGGCUUCUCAUCUUUGUCCGCAUGGCUGUUCUUGCCCUGUUUCUUGCAUGGAGAAUUAAACACAAAAACGAGGAUGCAGUUUGGCUGUGGGGGAUGUCUGUUGUCUGUGAGCUGUGGUUUGCAUUCUCCUGGCUAUUGGAUCAACUCCCUAAGCUCGCCCCGGUAAACCGUGCUGCAGACCUUGCUGUUUUAAAGGAAAAGUUUGAGACUCCUACAGCUACCAACCCUAGUGGAAAGUCUGAUCUUCCAGGCGUUGAUGUCUUUGUUUCCACAGCUGACCCUGAGAAAGAACCUCCACUUGUAACUGCAAACACCAUACUCUCCAUCCUUGCUGCUGAUUACCCUGUUGAAAAGCUAGCAUGCUAUGUCUCAGAUGAUGGUGGUGCCCUUCUGACUUUUGAAGCAAUGGCUGAGGCUGCUAGCUUUGCAAAUAUAUGGGUCCCUUUCUGCCGUAAACAUGGUGUUGAGCCCAGAAAUCCUGAAAGUUACUUUAACUUGAAGAAGGAUCCUUACAAGAACAAAGUGCGACCUGACUUUGUCAAGGACCGAAGGCGGGUAAAGAGAGAGUAUGAUGAAUUCAAGGUUCGGAUCAAUGGGUUGCCUGAUUCAAUCCGACGGCGAUCUGAUGCUUACCAUGCACGUGAGGAGAUCAAAGCAAUGAAACGACAAAGGGAGGUUGCUGGUGAUGAUCUGGUAGAAUCUGUAAAGAUUCCUAAAGCAACAUGGAUGGCUGAUGGUACCCAUUGGCCUGGAACAUGGAUGAACCCCUCAUCGGAGCAUACGCGGGGUGAUCAUGCUGGAAUCAUUCAGGUAAUGUUGAAGCCUCCAAGUCAUAAACCAUUAUUUGGAAAUAAUGAAGAGGGUGGACCGCUUGAUUUCACUGUUGUAGACAUUCGUCUGCCCAUGCUGGUCUAUGUAUCUCGUGAGAAGCGCCCAGGCUAUGACCACAACAAGAAAGCUGGGGCUAUGAAUGCUCUUGUUCGUGCCUCUGCAAUUAUGUCAAAUGGUCCUUUUAUUCUCAACCUUGAUUGUGACCACUACGUCUAUAACUCGCAGGCCCUCCGAGAGGGCAUGUGCUUUAUGAUGGAUCGUGGGGGUGAUCGCAUUUGCUAUGUCCAGUUUCCGCAGCGGUUUGAGGGCAUUGAUCCCUCUGACCGUUAUGCGAACAACAACACUGUCUUUUUUGAUGUCAACAUGCGAGCCCUCGAUGGUCUUCAAGGGCCAGUUUAUGUUGGUACUGGCUGCCUAUUUCGACGGAUUGCUCUCUAUGGCUUUGAUCCUCCUCGAUCCAAAGAACGCCAUGGAAGUUGCUGCAGCUGCUGUUUUCCCCAAAAGCGCAAGACACAUGCAGCCGUGGCAUCUGAGGAGACUCGAGCUCUUCGCAUGGGAGACUCUGACGAUGAUGAGAUGGCCAUCUCUACCUUUCCUAAGAAAUUUGGAAACUCAACCUUUCUGAUCGACUCCAUUCCUAUUGCUGAGCUCCAAGGCCGCCCUCUUGCUGAUCAUCCUGCUGUUAAAAAUGGCCGCGCGCCUGGUCUCCUUACUGCUCCUCGUGACCUUCUUGAUGCAUCCACCGUAGCUGAAGCAAUCAGUGCCAUCUCAUGCUGGUAUGAGGAUAAGACCGAGUGGGGACAGCGCGUUGGAUGGAUCUAUGGGUCUGUCACUGAAGAUGUUGUUACUGGCUACAGGAUGCACAAUCGAGGGUGGAAGUCAGUCUACUGUGUAACUAAACCUGAUGCCUUCCGUGGGACUGCUCCAAUUAACCUAACCGAUCGGCUCCACCAAGUUCUCAGGUGGGCUACAGGCUCUGUCGAGAUCUUCUUCUCCCGUAACAAUGCAUUGCUUGCAAGUCCAAGAAUGAAGAUUCUUCAGAGGAUUGCGUAUCUCAAUGUCGGGAUCUACCCAUUUACCUCCAUCUUCCUUAUUGUCUACUGCUUCCUACCUGCACUUUCUCUCUUCACUGGGCAGUUCAUUGUGCAGACCCUCAAUGUGACCUUCCUCACGUACCUUCUCAUCAUCACAUUAACAUUAUGCAUGCUCGCUGUUCUUGAGAUCAAGUGGUCUGGUAUCGAACUUGAAGAAUGGUGGCGAAAUGAACAGUUCUGGUUAAUUGGAGGAACCAGUGCUCAUCUUGCUGCUGUGCUCCAGGGAUUGCUGAAGGUGAUUGCUGGGAUUGAGAUCUCAUUCACCCUUACUUCAAAAUCAGCAGGUGAUGAUGAGAAUGAUGAAUUUGCUGAUCUCUACAUAGUGAAGUGGACCUCACUGAUGAUACCACCCAUCACCAUCAUGAUGGUGAAUUUGAUAGCAAUAGCUGUUGGAUUUAGCCGCACUAUAUAUAGUACGAUACCACAGUGGAGCAAGCUGUUGGGUGGGGUGUUCUUCAGCUUCUGGGUGUUGGCACAUCUGUACCCAUUCGCAAAAGGUCUAAUGGGACGGAGAGGAAGGACGCCAACCAUUGUUUUCGUGUGGUCUGGGCUCAUUGCUAUAACUAUUUCACUGCUUUGGGUUGCAAUCAAUCCCCCAUCUGGUAGUAACUCACAGAUUGGUGGCUCCUUCACGUUCCCUUGAUUCAUUAUAAUGUUGCAGUCUUGAGGUAUUGGCAAGAUGGUUGUUGUGAUGGUAAAACAGUUUUGGCGUGUUGCUGGUUCUGCUCUGAGCUCUUUAUAGGAAUCCCAGAAGAGCAACCUCAGAAAGAGCAGCAGAAUGCUAGUCAGUUCUACUCUAAUUUUGGGGGAGUUUUUAUUCACUUCUAUAAUUUUUUAUUAAUUUGGACAUCUAUGGUUCACAGGUGAGAAGGGGAGAGUCUGCAUAUGAUGGGAGGUAAUGUGUUGGGCAUAUCUGUUUGUACUUGGAAGAUGUGAUUUUGCAGCCAUCUGCUUGUUAUCUUUCGUAAUCAUCAAAUGUGGACUUUUAAGCAGUUUUUACUAUGUAGGCAUCAUUUUAAAGCAA